AUGGUGUCCGUGAGCUGCCAGGAGCUGCCCCCCUCCUUGGCCGGCUCCUCCCUGCUCGAGGGCUGUGCGGGUGCCCUGCAGCGCAGGAUGGCACCGUCCCUUCUGCCGGGGCACGGCAGCGAGGGGGCGUCCGGCCACCCCGACGGCUCUGCCCAUGUCCUCGCAGGGGGCACCGGCCACGCUGAGGACACCCCUGUGAGUGCAAGGGGGGAGGAUGCAAAGCCCCACGUCAGCGUCUGCGAGGCUCACCUCAAGCUGCCCGACUUCUGCGGCAGCCAGGACUUCAUCCCCACCCUGGAGGAGAUUGAGGAGUUCCUGAGCGAGAAGGCCGAGUUCCUCAGAGAUGAAGCAAGUGAGCUUCACCCAGGGAAGAUGGAGAUCCAGUCCCAGAUCAGCUUCGGCAGCUCUGGGGAACAGCCUGUCCCCAGUGUGGUUCUGGAAGACGAUGUCUCAAACACUGCCCAGCCUGCAGGGACAGAGGAUGGCAGUGAGCAGGCAGCAGCUGCUGGGAGUGCUCCCAUCGUCCUCCAGAUCCAUCCUCUCCAGAUGGACGGUGACCACCCGCUAGCACAGGGUGCUGCAGCUGGUGUCAGGGUGGCCCAGCUGGUCAUCAGCUUGCAGGGCCAAAACCUGUCCCUCCUCCCUCAGGUCCAGCCCCCUGUGACCAUCAUGGACCAAAAGUACGUCAAAAUUGCCCCCCAGCCAGUCGCCGUGAGGCCAGGGGACGUGCAAGAGGUGGAGGCCACCCCCAAGAACCAGAGAGCCCUCCCUGCCCUGGUCCGUGUCCAUAAGUGCUCGCACCCGGGCUGCGGCAAGGUGUACAGCAAGAGCUCGCACCUCAAGGCUCACUUCCGCCGGCACACGGGCGAGAAGCCCUACACGUGCGCCUGGCCCGACUGUGGCUGGCGGUUUUCCCGGUCGGAUGAGCUGUCCCGUCACCGGCGCUCCCACUCCGGUGUGAAGCCGUACCAGUGCGCCGCCUGCCAGAAGAGGUUUGCCCGCAGCGACCACUUGGCCAAGCACGUGAAGAUCCACCGGGGCACAAGCGACACAAGUUGA